ACUCAGCCAUUACAGCAGCUUCACCAUAGCACGAACAGUACGAGUUCCUCCUCCAGGUUCAGCACGCAGUUUGAGUGGGCUCGGCACAGGUAGCCCUCAGCUCACCAUGUGGCGGCGAUGGUGGUGGUUGCGGGCAGUUCAUGACAUCCGAUUCGUUCACCACCUUCUUCUCGCCUUCAUCCUCCUACAAACCACAGCGGAUGGAAACCGCGGCCCAACUACACCGCCCCGAGUUCCUCUACCAUUUAAUCUGGAAAUUAAAUCAUAUAACUUUAAUACUACUAUACAAUGGGAGUAUAAAAUAACUUCUGUGAGUCCUUAUUUUCAAGUGGAAAUCAAGAAUUACAAAACUGGUGACAAUUGGACUGUUGUCAAUAACUGCAAAAGAAUUCCACAGCACUACUGUGAUCUCUCAAAAAAAAUUAAAGAGCCUGAUGUUUUCUACAAUGUGCGUAUAAAAGCUUUUCUUGGAACAGAAGAAUCUGAAUAUGCCACAAAAAGAGAUUUUUGCUUGAAAAUUGAUGGCAUUAUUGGCCCACCUACUCUCAAUGCUACAGUGGAAAAUAAUAAAAUUGUUUUGGAUAUAUGGCACCCUACCACACCCUCAACGGAAAAGAGGAAAAAGACCAUAGGGGACUUUUAUGAAGAUUUUAAAUAUGUUGUGUAUAUACGUGGAAAUAAAACAUCUGAGUAUGUCCCUGAAGAAUGUGACAGCGUGGGUUGUACUGCCUAUAUAGUACCUACAGAGCAAGAGGAAACUAUCUGUCUUUCAGCACAAGGCACAUCAAAGCACUUCUCUGUAACUGGAGAGAAAUCAAAAGAAAUAUGCUUAGAUUUACAAAAUGACAAUGCAAGAAAAAUUUCUCCACCAUUUAACGUGACCAUAAAAUCAUACAAUUUGUUUACUACUGUGAGCUGGGAGUAUGAAAUCACUUCUGCGGUUCCUUAUUUCCAGGUGGAAACCAAGGAUUCUGGGCAUGGCAACUGGACUGUUGUCAAAAGGUGCAGAAGAAUUUCACAGCAAUAUUGUGAUCUGUCUAAAAUCUUCACUGGACCUAUUCAGUCCUACCAUGUGCGUGUCAAAGCAUUUCUUGGAACAGAAGCAUCUAAAUAUGCAGCAGCGUAUGAUUUUAACUUGAUAUACGAUGGCAUUAUUGGCCCACCUACACUGAAUGCUACGCUGGUAGAUAAUAAAAUUGGUUUGGAGAUUUGGCAUCCUCUUGUACCAACAACAGAGCAAGGACCAAAGACCAUAGGAGACAUUUAUGACGAUUUUGAAUAUAAAGUGUAUCUAACCGGGAAUGAUAAAUCUGAGUUUGUGGCAAGUGAUUGCGAUAAUCUGGGUUGUAUUGCUGAAAUUGUGCCUCCUGCAAAAUCAGAAGAUGUCUGUAUGUUGGCUCGAGGCCAUUCAAAUCACUGGGCUGUAAUUUCCGAGGAAUCAAAGGAGAUCUGUAUACAUAUAAAUGACAUGGAUAAAAGGGAAAAUUUACAGAACAAGAUCACCCUAAUAACAGCAUUAACAUUAUUUUUUGCUUUACUGCUUAUGAUUGGUUGCAUAUUUUACAUCUUAAAAGUAAUAAAAAAGGAGAACAUACUUCCCCCGUCACUGGGUUAUGUUGUAACGAGCAUAAAGCCACCUAUUUCUCUGAUAGCGGAGAAAUCGAAAUAUAGCCAGGUUUCAAUAUCUCCAAUCAAAGAACAAAUACAUGAUAAACUUAUGGAGGAAGACAAGAUCUCCCAGACAGAUGAAUGGUCUACAACUGUCUCCCAAGAAUGUGAAGACCCAGAAUAUCAAAGAGCAGUUGCAGAUGUAGGACAGCAGCAAUCUGAUAAUGAACAAAAUGAAAUUGUUGUGGAGCCUGACACAACUAGCAACCAUGGGGAUAGCAAUCACUUUAACACAGACAAUGACAGUAAAGACAGUGGCAUCAGUAUGGACACAGGAUUAUGUGAAAGUAAUGAGGUGGAGAAACACAGCUCAGAUACAAAGCCAAUUUCAAGUUCGUACGGCUAUGAUAAACCACAUGUGCCCUUGGAUUUACUUAUACAAAUAAACAAAGAGGUGUAUGGUGUUGAACCCAGUGUUUCUGAUGUUUGUUAAGUUAAAAAUGUAUAGAUUGCACUUAUGUACCUUAAAUGUAAUACUGAUCUCUAGCAGCAGAGCAGCACCUCAUUUGUGAUGUUUUGUGAUGUUUCAUGCAAUUUAAGGAAUAGAUGUAAAACGUAUUUUCCGACUGUUUUUCAUUUUAAUGAAACUUGUAAUAUAACAACCAAAGUGGUUCAGAUUUUGUUUGUUGGUUUUUUUUUGUUUGUUUUUUGGGGUGGGGGGAAUUAGAAGCAUUAAGGUCAAGAAAGUCUUCAUUGUGAAUAACUAAUGUACCAAUACCUAAAGAAGUAGAAAAGUAAUGAUUUGUAUAUAUGAAUAAAACAUUUUUAUUUAAA